AUGCCAUUAGCUGAAGCAGAUAUCCCAAAAUUGAAACCUUGGUUGAUCAAGAGAUCAGGUGAAUUAUCAGACGCUGAACCUGAUGUGUUAGCAGAUUAUGUUAUCGCAUUGUUGAAUAAUAAAGUGGAAGGUGAUGAAUUGGUGAAGUUAUUAGAAGAACAAUUGGAAGAUUUCCUGGAGAAUAGUAAAUCAUUUGCUUUUGAAAUAGUCAAUGUUUUAUCUACAAGAGCUUUUGAAGAAGAAAGCGCUAAAUUAACUGGGAAACAACCGCUACAACAAUCAGCUCAAGUUACUCAACAAGAUCUUUACAAACCUGAUCCAACCUCAUACAGAAAUGCUCCACCAGAUUACAAAAGAAAGCAGAGAAGAGCUAAUAAUUUCCAACAACAACAAUCAACUGAUAGCACCAAUAGACAACAACAAAGAGAAAAUUUGAAAACUUUGAUCUCACAAACUGAAGUUCCAAAUGCUAAACAUUUGAUUGUCGCCAAUUUACCGAAUGAUAAAUUAGAAGAGCAACUAUUGAGGGCUUAUUUCUCUAGAUUUGGUGCCAUUGAUAACGUCUUGAUUGAUUUAACCAGUAGAAUUGCUGAAGUUGAAUUUGCAAAUCCAUACUCAGCUAAAAAGGCUUGGAGCUCUCCUGUUCCUAUUUUUGAUAAUAGAUUCAUUAAAGUUUUCUUUAGAAAGAAGGAUGCUGAGAACACUGCUGAAGAUCAGAAAGAAAAAGAAGAACCAUUUGAUGUUGAUGAAUUUAAGAAAAGACAGAUUGAAAAACAAAAGGAAUUUGAAGAAAGAUUAGCCAAAAAGAAAAUUCAAGAUGCCAAGUUGAAAGAGUUUAUUGCCUUGAAAGAGAAGAUGUUAUCCAAUUAUGAGAAGGAAUUGGGUUCUUUAGAAGCUCAAUUUAAGGCUGAACCUGAAAAAGAGGCCCAAAUUAAGGCAAGAGUUGAUGCCAUUCAAAUUGCAAUGCAAAAAGACGGUGUUACUCCAGAAGCUAUUGCAGCUGAUAAAGCUAAAUUGAAUGGUACUAUUCCAUUUGUCCCUACAAGAGGUAGAGGCAGAGGUUCCGCAAGAGGUAGAGGUGCUGGUGCUGCUAGAGGAAGAGGUGGUUUCAAUCCAUACCAAAGACCUACAAAUGCUUCCUACAAUAGAAAAUUAGAUCUUAGAACGAGAACUGUUACUGUUAAAAACUUGUCAGAUCCUAAAAAUGAAGAAUUUACUAAAGUUUUGGAAAGUUUUGGAGACAAUGUUUCAAAUGUCGCAAAUAAAUCACCAUCAAGUGUUAAUGUGACCUUCAAUGACAGAUUUCACGCUGAAAGAUUUCUUGGUGAAGAAACCAAGCUUGAUAGUGUUGGUGCUUUAGAAAAAGAAUGGGAUGAAUCUGUUAGACCAUCUGUUGCGCCAACUCCUCCACCAUCAACUUCAGAUAAUGGUGAACCUAACAGCAGUACUACUGCAGAUGAUGUUGAAAUGUCUUGA